AUGUCCACCCAAAUCGAAAUACCAGCGUCAUCUUCGACAGACGCCUUCAUCCAAGCCUUCACAAUGAUCCUCGUCUCCGAAAUCGGCGACAAGACCUUCCUCAUCGCCGCGAUCCUCGCCAUGCGGCACGCGCGCCUAACAGUCUUCGCCGGCGCCUUCGGCUCGCUCGUCGUCAUGUCCAUCCUCUCCGCCGCGCUCGGCCAUCUGCUGCCGACGCUGAUACCGAAGCGGUGGACGCAGGCCGCCGCCGCCGUGCUGUUUUUCGUGUUUGCGGGCAAGAUGUGCAGGGAGGGCGUGCGGAUGGACGGGGGGAGCAGUCAUAUGGAGGAGGAGAUGAAGGAGGCGCAGGAGGAGAUUGAGGAGGCUGAGGCCGCGGCGGAUCCCGGCUCAAUUCCUCUCGCAAGCGCCGAGGCGGGCGAGUUCAGCGCGUCGGCGGCGCCUGUGAGAGCGAGCUCGUGGAUGGACGGCGCGCGCAACUUGUCGAGCUUGGUCUUCGGACCAGUGUUCGUGCAGGCAUUUGUCCUGACGUUCUUGGGCGAAUGGGGCGACCGCUCCCAGAUCGCAACUAUCGCGUUGGCCGCUGCACACAACGUGUACCUCGUAACACUCGGCACCAUCAUCGGCCACUCGAUCUGUACAGCCGUAGCAGUCGUCGCAGGCCGCUACGUCGCGUCCAAAGUCUCCGCAAAACACGUGACGCUCGGCGGCGCGGCGCUGUUCUUCAUCUUCGGGUUGUUCUACCUCUAUACUGCGAGCCAGCCUACGAAUGUAGACCUCAUCGAGGACCACGCCGGCAGCGCGUGA